UUUUUUGUUUUAACUGCAUUUCUCAACUAUUGUGAAUGCUUCUGUCAGCAGACGCAAAGCGAAUUUCAUUUACUUUUGUUUAUCAAUAAAGUUACAAGCCGGUAAAAUUUAACUAAUAAUGGAUAUUAUAGAUCCUAGAAAUCUUGUUAAAAAUCGCGAGAUAUUGUAUCGACUUAUUAUAAGUCAACUAAUGUAUGAUGGUUUGGACAAGUUCGCUGUUGAACUUUCAAUGUUGGUCAAAGCUGAUGAAUGUGCACCUAGUGAACGCUUGCUACACGUAAUGAUAACCGGCAUGCUGGCUAAAAGAGAGAAAGAACCAAUAGUAAAUGACGAUGUCGUUAUGGGUAUUGAUUUAGAGUUUGAACCUGAGAGUACAACAUUAGCACCAGAACCGGCUUCGUACGAAACAGCAUAUGUGACUUCCCACAAACAAUCUUGUCGCGCUGGCGCUUUCAGCCAUGAUGGUACAUUAGUUGCUACGGGAAGUGUAGAUGCCAGCAUAAAGAUUUUAGAUGUGGAACGCAUGUUGGCAAAAUCUGCACCAGAAGAUUUGGAGCCCGGUCGUGAACAACAAGCUCAUCCAGUUAUACGUACACUCUACGAUCACACGGAUGAAGUGGCUUUUCUGGAAUUUCAUCCAACUGAACAUAUACUUGCGUCGGGGUCACGAGAUUGUACUGUUAAAUUAUUUGAUAUCGCUAAACCGUCUGUGAAAAAAGCACACAAAGUUUUAACUGACUGUGAGCCGGUGACUUGUCUUUCUUUUCAUCCAAACGGCGACUUCAUGGUUGUUGGUACUGAACAUCAGACCUUACGCAUAUAUGAUGUUGAAACAUCUAAAUGUUAUGGUGGCGCUAUACCAUCGCAUCAGCAUAAAGCAGCAAUUAGAUGUGUUAAAUUUGCUUCGAAGGCAAAGCUAUACGCUAGUGGUAGUGUAGAUGGCUGCAUUAAAAUAUGGGAUACAGUAAGUGGAAGGUGUGUAAAUACUAUACUGGAUGCUCAUGGUGGUGCAGAAAUUUGUUCAUUACAAUUUACACGCAACGGGAAGUACUUAUUAUCGUCUGGUAAGGACUCUUUAGUGUAUCUGUGGGAACUUUGUACUAGUCGUGCUAUACAAACAUAUACUGGUGCCGGCACUACUGGCAAACAAGAGCAUAACACACAGGCAGUAUUUAAUCAUACGGAAGACUAUGUUUUGUUCCCAGAUGAGGCUACUACAUCGCUUUGUUCAUGGAAUGCACGGAAUGGUGCACGUCUGAAUCUUAUGUCAUUGAGCCAUAAUGGCCCAGUACGUUAUAUAACACAUUCUCCUAAUGCGCCAGCAUUUCUCACAUGUUCAGAUGACUAUCGUGCACGGUUUUGGUAUCGACGUACGCCAAAUCAAUGAUGCUUUACUACUACUAUAUGCUAAUACUUAUAAUAAACUUAUAAUUAAUAAAUA